CGCUAUGAGAAUAUUUCUCACACGCAUCGCACGCAGUCAGCCCAGGAAGCUAGCCAGCUAGCACGGUUUCAUUGUCUUCUGCUGAAAAUAGUCAGCUAACUACAGUACUCUCCCUUGCAUGCGUCCAUUUAUUUUUAUUCUGUCAUAACCCGACCAUGGCUGGAAGCGCAGGAGAAUGGUGUCUUAUGGAGAGUGAUCCAGGAGUGUUCACAGAAUUGAUCAAAGGCUUUGGAUGCAAAGGAGCCCAGGUAGAAGAGAUAUGGAGUAUGGAGCCAGAGAACUUUGAAAAUUUAAAACCUGUUCAUGGAUUAAUCUUCCUCUUCAAGUGGCAGCCAGGUGAGGAGCCAGCGGGGUCAAUUGUUCAGGAUUCGAGGCUGGACAAUAUUUUCUUUGCCAAACAGGUCAUUAACAACGCGUGUGCAACUCAGGCCAUAGUCAGUGUGCUGCUCAACUGUACCCACCCCGACAUGCUCCUAGGAGAGACGCUGACAGAGUUCAGAGAGUUCUCCCUCAGUUUUGAUGCCGCUAUGAAAGGUCUGGCCCUCAGUAACUCUGAAGUGAUUCGGCAAGUUCAUAACAGUUUUGCCAGACAGCAGAUGUUUGAGUUUGACGCCAAGUCAUCAGCGAAGGACGAGGACGCGUUUCACUUUGUGAGCUACGUGCCGGUCAACGGUCGACUCUAUGAGCUGGACGGACUGCGCGAGGGACCCAUCGACCUCGGCGUGUGCAAUCAGGAUGACUGGAUCAACGCAGUUCGGCCAGUUAUCGAAAAAAGAAUACAGAAGUACAGUGAAGGAGAGAUCCGCUUCAACCUGAUGGCCAUCGUGUCGGACAGGAAGAUGAUAUACGAGAGGAAGAUCACAGAGCUGCAGACCCAGCUGACGGAGGAGGAGCCAAUGGACACAGACCAGAGCAGCACCCUCCUCAGCUCCAUCCAAUCAGAGAUCGCCAAGUAUCAGCUCCUCAUCGAAGAGGAGAACCAGAAGUUGAAAAGAUACAAGAUUGAAAACAUCAGACGGAAGCACAACUACCUGCCCUUCAUCAUGGAGCUACUGAAGACCCUUGCACAGUAUCAACAGCUUAUCCCAUUGGUGGAAAAGGCAAAGGAAAAGCAGGGUGCCAAGAAGGCACAGGAGGCAAAAUAACCACAGACAACACGGACAUAUCCAAACCACACCUCUUUAAUCUAUUGUCAUUUUCCUUAAAAAAAAAAAAAAAAACACCUGCUGGUUUUUCUCCAUGGUAACCCGUGACCCACCGGACAUCAGCUCCGUGGACAGAACAGUCAAUGGAGCUGUUCACAUCACCAUGUUCCCCUCGCAUGAACAGACGCGUGUUCAAAUCAAUCUUGUCUUAUUUUCAUAAUAAAAUGUCUCGAUGUUUCAUCCGA